AUGGAACCAAUAUUUGCUCAACUAUCGAAAACUAUCACUGCCAACACGGACCAGAUUCGUGAAAAUACUAAUGAAAUCGAACGAUAUGCAGUUAUGACACGAGAUGAACGACGAAAAUAUGGUUGGACUCGCCUUGAAGUAGUAUUGUACAGCACCACUGAUCUAAUUGCAAAAUCGAGCGACUUGUUUGUUCAACUUAGAAAAACAUCGAAUCAGAGCGACGAAGCACAUUCGUUGAUUUUAAAACUGGAAUCAACCUAUUUCAAUGUACUUCAUCAUUUUCAAGUGGUACAGAAGACGGCACUUGACUCUAUAGCCGAUAAACUAUCAUCUCUGCUCCCUUCGGAACAAGAUGUGCUGUCCACUCCGUCAAAUGAUAGUACGAAAUAUGAACAUAAUCAGACGUCAUUCAUUUCCAAACAGGACGUGACAUCACCGAUCGGGCAGAAAAGAACUACGACAAUGUACAGAAAUGAAACAACACGAAUGUCUUCUACUAAUCGAUCGAAUCCAACGAGAAGCCAACGAACAAGAUGGAACGACGCGCGUUUUGCAACGUUUCGUUCAUUUAACGAUUUUCUCUUGGAUGCAACAUGGAAUGUACCCGAUUUUACAGACACAACUCGUCUACAAAAUCGAAUCAUUAGCAAUUUACUUUACUAUCAAACGAAUUACAUUAUAUUUCUAACGGUCUGCCUUUUCCUAACUAUAAUCACACAUUUCGUUGAUUUUAUCAUCUGUCUAUCAUUGAUUCUUAGUCUUCUCAUUCGAUCGAAGAAUACGUUUACCAAAGCCGUUCCUUUUGUCUUAAUUUUCAUCAUCUACUAUAAAUUAAGUCUUGUCGGCGUAUUAAUCAUGCUGCUUUUUGGUCUUAUGCUACCUAUUCUAGUGAUCAUCUGUCAUGCAAUACUUCGGAAACGUAAUUUGUCCAACAAAAUUUCGAAUCAUCUCGAUCGCAGUCGCUUACAACAAACGCCGAUGGCGAUUUUCCUGAAAAUGCUAUCACUUGAAGGUUUUGAUGAAUAA